AGGGUUGGGAAAAGGCACAUGGCAGCAAACCUCGUCUCUCCGUCACUUUGACAUGUCGAUGGCCGUGGCCUGGCAGCCUGCAGCGUAGGAUCAUCCUCAUCCAAGUCGCCUUCAAGCGUCGCAGCAGUCAGCGUCACAGAUCGGUGCGCAGAGUAUGAGGACACUGCCCAAAAGGAGACUGGGGGCUUCGAUUCGACGUGCCUCCUCGGAGGUGGGCAACGUGCUGAAUGAGCUGGACCAGCAGGAAGAAUCGAAUCGGGAGAUAGCCAGGCCUUGGCCUUCGGCUUGGGCGCCCCUUCAGGUUCAGGUCACUUCCUUCAUUGCGCCGCAGGGAGUCCUCACGGCCGGAGCUCGAUGCAAUCUUGCCUUUGCGGGCGGAAAAAGCCAUGGCCACAGGCCCUCCGCGGCGCGUGGCGCCGCCCCAGCGGCUGCCGGGGUCCCGGGCGCCGUCCUCGCCCUCGGAGCGCUCGCAGCGCUCGGCGAAGGAAGUCUGGGCCGGGCUCUUCCGGGAAGGCAUAGACCUGACCUUCGGAGACAAAGUGCAGCCGCUGCAGCCCUUGUUCGGCCCGGAUGGCGAGCCCCUGGAGGGCCUGGACCACACCUUCGGCCAGAAGCCGGAGCUGGCCACUACUGCCUGGUACCACGCCGACAGCGGGCGCCAGCUGGAAGCUGCUGCGCAGCACACCCUGCAGGCGAUUUGUGACACGGUGGAGGAGAUGAAGGAGAACGGGCGAUGCCUCACAGGAAAGUUCACCAACGACCCCGAGAUCCUGCCGGAUCGGAAGUUCCCGUCCGUGAUGCCGUUCCCGCCGGACCGGGAGCAGCUGAUGCUGCCGCGAGAGAGAACCAUCCAGGAGGAGCCAGGCUCUGAUGAGGAGGAAUGGGAAGAGCCCAACGUCCCAGGCGGGCCAUGGCGUCGGCUCUCCGAGUUCCAACCGCUGGCAGCCGGCACCUCCGUGGUCUUCGACAGCACGCCGCAUUAUGGCCGUGUUUAUCCUGGACACUUGGACAACAUGUACUUGGUGGAAGCGCUGAACGCCAUAUCUCUGCGGCCCAAGCUGGCGAAGCAAUUGUUCCUGUGCUAUGACCAGCAGCGGGCAGUAUACAUUUUGCGGCUGUUCAAGAACGGCAUAUGGCUGAAGGUGGAAGUGGAUGACUAUGUGCCCGUUGUGGACGGCGACCCUUUGUGCUGUCGCUCUGAGAAGUUUCCCCACGUGCUUUGGCCAUCCUUGGUGGAGAAGGCUUACGCCAAGGUCUGCACGUUGCGGGACCCCAAGCCUGCGGAGAACAGCGGGGGCUGGCUGGCGAUUGGUGGCGGCGGACACGUGGAGGACGCGCUCGCGGAUUUGACCGGGGGCGUUGCCGGGCGCUUCUACACCGAAGAUGUCUCUCACGAUCGUCUCUUCUUGUAUUUGUACACGCUGCAGCGGGAUGCGCUCUUCGUAUGCCACGUCAACGACGCCAAGUGCGCGAGGAAGGGCAUCACGUUGAAUGCGUGUGCGUGCCACGUCAUCAACCGCGCGGCGACGCACGAUGGGCGUUGCUUUGUUCAGGUCUUUAGCGCAGACGUGUCGGGCACGCACGACGGGGGUCUCUCAGAGUCCACACCCCCCGAGCUGCUGCGCGAUUACCCCGAACGGAGCUGGGAGGGUUUCUUCUGGCUGGCGAUCGAAGAUUUCCACGCCUACUUCGACACGGUCAUCGAGUGCCGAUUGACCAACAGCCCCGAUGUGGGAAUCGUGGGCAUGCCACCUCGGCCAGGCCCGGCGCCUGCGUACCUGGAGACCAUCUUCGCGAACCCCGGCCGGAUCCUGGCGCGACGCGCGCCAGAGGUCACCGUGUUGACCAAUGGCCCCUGUGAGGUAUUUGUCACCGCCCAGCAGACGGAUUCGCGCAUCACACAGGUGGGAGACCGGCGGGCGCCCUACGUGCCAAUCCUCAUGAAGGUCUAUGAGAGCCUAGGCAGUGGCAACGUCUACAGCGCGAACAUGGUGUGCCGCUCCAACUGGAUCCCCUCGCGCGAUGCCAUGGUCGCCUUUCAGACGGCUGGGCGAGGAUCCUUCAAGGUGCUUGUGGAAAUGCCGGCCGGGGCGGAAUGCGACCGGCUGAUCAUCCGGUGCUACUCCAGCAGUCCUGCAGAGUUCAUGGUGCACCCGUCCUUGGCCAAGCACUUGCUGGCGCUUCCGCAGGGGCCGCCGAACGCCUCCAGAUUCUCCUUGGUGGGUACUUUGGACCAUUCAAGGGUGACGCGGGACGAUGCCCCGGAGCCCAUGGGCGACGACUUGGAUACCAUCAGGAGCCGCCACAACGGGUGCAUCCUCAUGUGACUCGCUCGCCAGAUGGCAAAUCUGACUGUCUGGCAUUUGGUACACUGGGAGUUCAGACAUGUUGAUG